ACGUGGGAGAGAAGGGAGGGUUGGGGGAAGUGUAGAAACCUGAACCUGAGCCGCUGCCGCCUGAGGAAGAUUUGGUGGGCGGAGAAGUAAAAGGGGGAAAAGCGGGUUGGAGGUGAGGUGAAGAGGGCAUAUAAGUCGCUGCUCCCGGUGGGGCACAAAGUUCACCGCGAUGUGGCUAAAGCCUGAGGAAGUGCUCCUGAAAAAUGCGCUGAAGCUGUGGCUGAUGGAAAGGUCCAACGACUACUUCGUGCUACAACGGCGUCGAGGCUACGGGGAAGAAGGUGGAGGGGGUCUUACAGGGCUUCUGGUUGGGACUCUUGAUUCAGUCUUGGACUCUACUGCUAAAGUAGCUCCAUUUCGCAUCUUACACCAGACACCAGAUUCUCAAGUUUACUUGUCAAUUGCAUGUGGAGCCAACAGAGAAGAAAUAACCCAGCAUUGGGAUUGGUUGGAACAAAAUAUCAUGAAGACCUUAUCUGUGUUUGAUUCAAAUGAAGAUAUUACUAAUUUUGUACAAGGAAAGAUACGAGGAUUAAUUGCUGAAGAGGGAAAACAUUCUUUUGCAAAAGAAGAUGAUCCUGAGAAAUUUCGAGAAGCCCUUUUGAAGUUUGAAAAAUCUUUUGGUUUACCAGAGCAGGAGAAAUUAGUGACCUAUUAUUCAUGUAGUUAUUGGAAAGGACGGGUUCCUUGUCAGGGUUGGCUCUAUCUUAGUACCAAUUUUCUGAGCUUCUAUUCUUUUUUGUUGGGAUCAGAAAUAAAACUCAUUAUCUCCUGGGAUGCAGUCUCAAAACUUGAAAAGACUUCAAAUGUUAUACUGACAGAGAGUAUUCAUGUAUGUUCUCAAGGGGAGAAUCACUACUUUUCAAUGUUUUUGCACAUUAACCAAACCUAUCUUCUUAUGGAACAACUGGCAAACUAUGCCAUAAAGAGACUUUUCGAUAAGGAAACAUUUGAUAAUGACCCAAUCCUUGAUGAUCCUCUACAAAUUACCAAAAGGGGUUUGGAAAACAGAGCCCACAGUGAGCAAUUUAAUGCCUUUUUUAGGCUGCCCAAAGAGGAGACUUUGAAAGAAGUACAUGAAUGUUUGUUAUGGGUACCAUUCAGCCACUUCAAUACUCAUGGAAAAAUGUGCAUCUCAGAAAAUUAUAUCUGCUUUGCCAGCCAGGAUGGCAAUCUAUGUAGCGUAAUCAUUCCUUUACGAGAGGUCUUAGCAAUAGAUAAGACAGAUGAUUCCAGUAAAUCUGUCAUCAUUAGCAUCAAAGGAAAAACAGCAUUUCGCUUCAGUGAAGUUAAAGACUUUGAGCAACUGGUGGCAAAACUCAGCCUCAAGUGUCGUGCAGCUUCAACUCAGUAUAUUAGCACAGAGGGUGCUAUUGGUUCUGACUCUACAGAACCAUCUGAUAAUUUUGAGAUGCGAUCUUCAACAUGUACAAAAGAAUGCAGUAAAACUGUGAACACCGAAGCCUUAAUGACAGUAUUUCACCCUCAAAAUUUGGAGACUCUUAAUUCUAAAAUGUUGAAAGAAAAGAUGAAGGAACAGUCAUGGAACAUCCUAUUUUCAGAAUGUGGGCGUGGUGUUAGCAUGUUUCGAACCAAGAAGACUCGAGAUCUGGUCGUAAGAGGGAUUCCAGAGGCUUUAAGAGGAGAGCUCUGGUUGCUUUUCUCAGGUGCUGUUAAUGACAUGGCUACUAAUCCUGGCUAUUAUGCUGAAGUGGUUAAACAGUCUUUAGGGACCUGCAACUUGGCUACUGAAGAAAUUGAACGUGACUUGCGUCGUUCCCUGCCUGAGCACCCAGCAUUUCAGAGUGACACUGGCAUAUCUGCUCUGAGACGGGUACUUACUGCCUAUGCAUAUAGGAAUCCCAAAAUAGGGUACUGCCAGCCAGAGGCAAUGAACAUUUUAACUUCGGUGUUGCUUCUAUAUGCAAAAGAAGAAGAAGCUUUUUGGCUUCUGGUUGCUGUAUGUGAACGAAUGUUACCUGAUUAUUUUAAUCGUCGAAUCAUUGGUGCCUUGGUGGAUCAGGCAGUCUUUGAAGAACUUAUCAGGGAUCAUCUUCCUCAACUCACAGAACACAUGACUGAUAUGACAUUCUUUUCCUCAGUUUCUCUCUCAUGGUUCCUCACACUUUUUAUUAGUGUGCUACCUAUUGAAAGUGCAGUGAAUGUGGUGGACUGUUUCUUCUAUGAUGGAAUAAAGGCCAUUCUACAAUUGGGAUUGGCAAUACUUGAUUAUAAUUUAGACAAGCUACUGGCAUGUAAAGAUGAUGCUGAAGCUGUGACAGCUUUAAACAGGUUCUUUGACAAUGUCACUAAUAAGGACAGCCCAUUACCUUCAAAUGUUCAGCAGGGUUCAAAUGUGAGUGAUGAACAAAGUCAUAUUAGAGUGGAUAUUACAGAUUUGAUAAGAGAGUCCAAUGAGAAAUAUGGUAAUAUUCGCUAUGAAGAUAUACACAGCAUGCGCUGUCGAAAUAGGUUAUAUGUGAUACAGACCCUAGAGGAAACAACAAAGCAGAAUGUGUUGCGUGUUGUAUCACAAGAUGUGAAAUUGAAACUUCACGAAUUGGAUGAACUUUAUGUCAUCUUUAAGAAGGAGCUGUUUUUAUCUUGUUACUGGUGUUUGAGUUGUCCAGGAUUGAAGCACCAUGACCCCAGCCUGUCAUAUUUGGAACAGUAUCAGAUUGACUGCCAGCAGUUCAGAGUGUUGUAUCACUUGUUGAGUCCGUGGGCUCAUUCUGCAAAUAGAGACUCACUAGCUUUGUGGACAUUCCGAUUGUUGGAUGAAAACUCUGAUUGCCUUAUAAACUUCAAAGAAUUCUCCUCUGUAAUUGACAUAAUGUACAAUGGAAGUUUUACCGAGAAGCUUAAACUGCUUUUUAAGCUGCAUAUUCCUCCAGCAUAUACUGAAGUGAAAUCUAAGGACUCUUCAAAAGGUGAUGAACUUUCCGUGGAAGAAUUACUUUAUUUCAGUCAGCUUCAUGUUUCCAAACCUGCAAAUGAGAAGGAAGCAGAAUCAGGAAAAAAUAGCCCUGAGAAAGGCAAAGGAAAAAUUGAUAUUCAAGCAUACCUAAGUCAGUGGCAAGAUGAACUUCUUAAAAAAGAAGAAAACAUUAAAGAUUUACCAAGAAUGAACCAGUCACAAUUUAUUCAGUUUUCAAAGACCCUCUAUAAUUUAUUUCAUGAAGACCCUGAAGAAGAAUUAUUAUAUCAAGCCAUUGCUGUUGUAACCAAUCUUUUGCUCAGGAUGGAGGAGGUUGGAAGGAAGCUGCAUAGCCCUACAUCACCAGCAAAAGAAUUCCCUGGUUCAGUCUAUUCUUCUGGAGGACCCAUAAAGGGAGAAACAGAGAGCCACAUGGAGAAAGAUCCCUCCUCUCUUAGGGAAGAACCUCAGUGGUCAUUUGCAUUUGAACAGAUUCUUGCAUCUCUGUUGAAUGAACCAGCCUUGGUGAGGUUUUUUGAGAAACCCAUAGAUUUCAAAGCCAAACUAGAAAAUGCAAAAAUCUCUCAGUUAAGGUCUAGGACCAAAAUGUAAUUUUUUCAGCAUCACAGUCAAGUUUACCAAGAUUCCUGUAGCUAUAUCCCUUAGCUAAAUUCCUGGGAGUUGAGAUCAGGGAUUUAUUGUUGUUACAAAUAUGCUUGAAAACAAAAACAAAAAAGAGAAAGAUACUCAGAAGCACAAUUAUAUAUUCCUUUGUGAUCUCAAAUUUUGAUAGUCUCAAAUAUAAUUAUUCUUUUUAUAUUUCAGAAGAUAUGCAAUAUAACCACCAGAGGGCACCAUAACAUUUUUAGUAAGAAAUUACUAGCUGGUACUGCUUUAUACAUGUGAUUACUGAUGAUUUUUAAAAGGUGGUAUUAUGUUUAUUGGUGAUUCUGACAUAUCAUUUUGAUAAACCUUGUUUUCCAAAUUGCCUCAGUACUAUUAGAAUUCUUUAGAAAACUGGGCUUUUAGAUCUAUAACCUUAAUUAUCUACAAGAAUACCAUUUAGGGCCCUCAUUUUCCAGCUGUCUAACUAAUAAUUAAUAUUUUUUUAAAGUUUAUUACAUUCAAUUUGAGUGAUUUAAUUCAAUCAUUCAUAACAGUAUGAUUUGUUAGUAACUUCUACAUUCUCUCUACACGAGGUGGGUAUUCAGAAGCUGCUGAUUCAUACCACUAACUCUAUUACUGAUCAAAACAAUUUCAAGGAUUCUAAACUCUGAGAUAAUAUAUAAAGAAAAACAAUUGUAUUUGGAUUUGAACUGGAUAAAUCCAGCCUUUAGAAAAGGGUUAAGAAACAGGUCUCUCAUUAACCAGAGAAAUUACUAGAAAUUCUCCAAAAUACUGCUGUUUGUGGCAUUUGUUUCAUAAUAGUUUGUGAUUAUUUGGUUCUAGCUCUAAAUUUUGGAUUUUCAACAGUCGUGUUUUAAUUUAUGUUAGAUAGUAAAGAAUAAUUACACUAAAACUGAACUGUUGUAUUAAUCUGGCAAGCAUAUAAGUAUACUUGCUUGCCAAAAUAAUGUAUGGAAUUACCAGUGUCGAUCUAAAAGGUUUUGACUAUCUAAUGUAAAUGUGCAAUAUCUAUAUACUUUAUGCUGCUUAAAUUUCACUACAUGACAGUCCAUUUAGAGACAUAAUGGACUUUGUUAGCACUUUAAAAAAACAAAACAAGCAAACCACACUUGUCCAUUCUUCUGUCCUAUUUAUGACAAGAGCAAUUUAUUCAUCAGUUGGCUUAGGAAGUGGAGAAAUCAACCAGUGGAGCUUAUUUCAUUGGUUUUAAACUCUUUGACUUUUCUAGAUGUGAAACAUUAAAAGGGCAAACCACUUUUAGAGUGCCCCAAGAAGUCUCCCUUUCUCAAAAGGAAAUGGUAGAGUCAGUCUUUGGCAAGAGUCCACUGUGAACAAAACCUAACAAAGAGGAGUUUGUCACCAUAGAAUUUGUUAUCUUCAGAAAAGUUAAAUAAUUUUCAAGGUGAGACUUUGAAAUUCAUAAGUUAGUUUUGGCCAGAAGUUUAUUAGUAGUGUCUUUUAUUACUAUGAUUUGAUAACUUUGUCUUUUUAAGAAAAUUACCAGUUAAAGAGAUAGUUGGUAAAUAAGCAUAUAUGCUUUUACUCAGAAAUUAUUUGAAAUCUGUCCAAAAUUUAAAGCUUAGUAGUUUAUUUGAAAACUCACACAUCUACUAUUAUGCAAUGAUUGUUAAAUUAUACUACAAUAGCUCUAGAAAGACAGUCUAUGCUUAUAUACAAAGACAAUAUUAUACAUACUUUGUUGAAUAUUUUGUCAGUUAUAUUUACAAAAAUACUUUUCUUAAAAGAUGUUAUUAGUAUUUGAUAUUAUUUUAAAUUUAGAAUAGUGAAGAUAAUAUUGAGUAUUGUAUUUUAGCAUAGAUUAAUCAAAAUGAAUAUUUAAAGAGAUUUUUAAGUUGAAGAAAGAGUAUAAAUUAAAGUUUAAAAAAUUAUUUUCUGAGUAUGCAGGAGAAACAAGCUGAACUCAUAGUUUUAUAGCUAAUGCCUUGUUAAGAAAAUGGGUUGUUCUUAAUAUUAAAAAAUCUUAUGUAGUGUGUCAAACUGAACCAGUGCAUUAUAUCUUUUACAUUAAAUGUGAUAAGGUGGUUUUACUUGUCUUUAUAAAAAUAAAUAUUAUAAAUCUAUUAUAUUAAACAUGAAAAUGGUUUACUUUUA